AUGACUUCGACACUGCUACCACCGCCCAAGCCGCUCGACGCUACUGGUGACAUUUUCCACGGCUGGAACAUCUGGAAAAGUGAGUUCGAACUUUUUGCAACAGCGACAAGGCUGAAUCUACAGCCCGAGGAUGUUCAGACCGCUACGUUUUUAAUGGCGAUCGGUGAAGAUGCAAGGCGUGUUUACCGCACCUUCAAGUUUGAAAAUGAGGAACAGAAGAAUGAUCGGAAAGUUUUAAUGCAGAAGUUCGAAGAGUAUUACAGACCAGUUACAAAUCUCACCUACAACGAGUUUCGGUUUGGUUCCAGGAACCAGCGCGAGGGCGAGUCAUUUAACGAAUGGCUCACAGAACUGAAGACUCUAGCUGCGCAGUGUGAAUUUGGCGAGAUUGAAGAUAGACUUCUACGCAGUAGAAUAAUCCUUGGAAUACGGGACAAAGAACUGCAGCAGAGACUUAUCUCUGAAAAUCCCUCAUACGGAAAAACGGUUGAGAUUUGCCGUGCUAAGGAACAGAGCAAAGAACAGGUCGCUGAAAUCCGAGGCAGCCAGGGCGGCAGCACUCCUUUUGAAUCAGAAAGGAACAUUGACGCUGUAAAAGCAAAAACUGCCACCUGCCCGAAAUGCGGCUUACAACAUCAAAAACCGACAAGAUGUCCAGCAAUAGGGAGGUAUUGCAAGAAUUGUAAUGGCCGAAACCAUUUUGCUAGUGUGUGCCGCACACCAAGCUCGAAAACGCGGCCAGAAGGACGGCACGUACGACAGGUGGAAAUGAUUGGCGACGAGGCAUACUUCCUUCAAGCGUUGGAGGUUCAAGCGGUCACGAGCGACGAGCACUGGGUGUCAGUGUUAAAUGUGGCUGGUAUCAUGACCAAAUGUAAGAUAGACACAGGGGCGAACUGUUGUGUUAUGCCAGAAACGGUCUUUCGAAAGUUAUCAGCGGCACCAGCGCAGAACUGUUGCGCAGCCUUGCGUACGUUUUUCGGUCACACAGAAAAAGCAAUCGGAAAGAUAAACCUGCUUGUCUCUAAUAAGAAUCGGAGCACCGAGGUUACGUUUUUCGUUGUUGCCCAAGAUGUGCCAGUUACAUUAAGCGGACACGUCGCUGAGACACUGAGCCUGAUAAAACGCAUAGAUGCCGUCAACGAAGUGUCCGAGAUCCUGAUAUCUGGCUUUGAAGACAUCUUCCAGGGUCUAGGACAACUUGAGGGCAUCACCUAUCGCCUGCAGCUGAAGCCCGAUGUACGACCAACCGUAAAACCAGCGAGGAGAAUUCCCGUCGCCCUCCAAGAGCCCGUGAAAGCGAAGCUCGACGAGAUGGAACGCGAUGGUGUCAUUGCAAAGAUGACAGAGCCUUGCUCGUGGUCCAGCUAUAUGGUUGUAGUACUCAAAAAGGAUAAGGUACGCAUAUGUUUGGAUCCUUCCGACUUAAACAAGGCGAUUUUGCGGGAGCAUUACCAUAUGCCUACAUUGGAAGACGUACUGCCACGGCUGCAAGGAGCCAAAUAUUUUUCCACCCUCGAUGUCGCGUCAGGGUUCUGGCAGAUAACCCUCGACGAAGAAAGUUCGCGUGUUUGCACCAUGAGCACGCCGUUCGGAAGGUACAGAUUUCUGCGCAUGCCAUUCGGCAUCACAUCAGCGCCAGAGGUUUUUCAACGCGCCAUGCACGAGGUGGUUGGAAGCUUGGCUGGCGUAGCUGUCGUGAUGGACGAUAUAUUGGUCUGGGGAAAGACAAGGCAAGAGCAUGACGCGAACCUCGCCGCCUUGCUUCAACGCUGUAGGGAACGUAAUCUAAAGCUAAAUAAAAAGAAAUGCCAAUUUUUGCAGGGCAGCGUACGUUACAUGGGCCACCUCCUCACUGCCGAAGGGCUGUCACUGGACCCGGACAGAGUUCAAGACAUCAUGCAAGUGCCCCCGCCGAAGAACCGUAAGGAGCUUCAAGUGUUCCUUGGAAUGAUAAACUAUGUAUCUCGGUUCAUCCCAAACCUGUCGGUCUCAUCCGCACCCAUUCGGGAGCUGCUUAAGAAGGACGUCGCUUGGACGUGGACAGAAGUGCAGGAAAACAGUUUCCAAAGGUUAUGAGCUAGUCUUGCUACAGCACCAGUCCUAGCAUACUUUGACCAGUCCAAGCCAGUGAAACUGUCCGUGGACGCGAGCCAGUACGGUGUCGGAGCAGUCAUUUUGCAAGAUGACCACCCCAUUGCCUAUUCGUCCCGCUCCUUAAGUGCCACACAACAGCGGUAUGC